AUGAAGACUACCGCUACCUUCCUCGCAACCGCCCUUCUGGGGAGUGCGGUCCCUGCCCUCGCAGGAGACCUCUGCCUGUCGUCUGCCUGUACCCUCGCAGUCCCAGACCAGGGACCUGCAUGCGGCUGGUACCAGAUGUGGUCACCAGGUGUCGAAGUCUGCGGCCCUGGAACACAGGCAAUUCGGACCAGCGAGCACGACGAUCUCGAAGAUUACCUCACCGCGGUCGGACCGCGAAUCCUAAACGACAUUUGCGGGCACACGGUUGCACUCUCCUGGGGUGAUGGCGCGCCGGUCUUGGAUUAUGUUGAUGUCGAGGGCGGGACUUCGUGGUAUCAGGCGGCGCAGAACAUUGAGGGCGAGACUACUUGCAACUACAGUGGGACUGAUUGCGGAAACGCCGGGCCGAUUUUCAGUAACUGGUACUGGCCUGAUCUUCCUAUCUGCUAG